AAGAGUCUAGCUUUCCAUUGCGAGCGCGCUGGUCGGAGGUCGUGGUUAAGCGCGGCUUCAUGCAGGCGGCAUCGUGAAGCAGCUCCUGGGAAGCGGCCGGCCUUGCAAGACUCUUCCGUCCCCUUUCCACUCUUCUGUGGGACUCCCUUGAGGUCAGACCGCCUCGAUGUGGUUCUUGGAGAAAGUGCGGGCAUCGCCUGAAGAAGGCAGCCCCCUGAGCCCCUUCUUUCUGGGCUUGUCGCCCAGCCAGCCUAUACCCGACAAAGGCAAGGCUGGGCCUCCCCCGACUGCGGCUUUUGCCAACAUCUUGACCCCAGACCGGAUCCCGGAGUUCUGCAUCCCGCCUAGACUGGCCAGUCCGCCUCCGGUGAAGAGUCCCAGCAUGGCCUUCCAGCCCCACCGCUGCCUGACCGAGCCUGGCUUGCAGCAUGCCGCCUCUGGCAUGGCUGCUGAGUACAGCCCCAGCCCAUUCCUGCUGCCCCAUCUCAUCCAGGUGGAGAGUGCGGAGGAACUCCCAGCCCCGGAAGAAGAAGGGACUGACUCGGAUCCCCGGUCUCAGGCUGCCUUGUCCCUGCCUCACUUCCCCAAAGCCCAGACCUCCUACGGCUUCUGCACAUUGCUGGAGAGCCCCCACACCAGGAGGAAAGAGUCUAUCUUCCACAGUGAUUCCUCCGUCAGCCCCACACCCAGCCUUGCCCUGUCCCGGCCCAGAGCCAACAGCUACAGUGGCAAGGAGGUGGCCUCCAGCCCCAUUGCCAUCCAGUCAGCAGCCUGCAGGCACCGGCUGCUUGGUAGACCAGGCCCCUGGGACAGCGACACGGCCUCCUCCAACGAAUCCUCGCCGUUUAGUUCGCCGCUUCUCAGCCGCUCGCCUCCACAGCCCGGCUUGCUCGUCAAGGCCCGGAGCCAGGAGGGGCUGCUUGGCAAGGCCUUGAAGGCCAGGACCAGGUCUGGCAUCGGGAGGGCCAAUUCCUUAUCCACUGAUGAGGGCAGCUCCACAGACAGCAGCCCCCAUGCCACACGGCGCUCCUCAGAGAGCCUCUUUGACCCUCUGACCUCCCGGGCCUACAGCCUGUCCCCAUUGCCCAUCUUCCUGCUGGACUUGCCCUGUGGCCGAGAGAGGCUUGGCCGAGAGAGCGCCGUCUUAAUGGACAAGGGGGGCCUGCUCCGGCUCUCCUCUGACUACUGCUCUGAAAACAGACGCUUGCGGAUCCGCCUGAUUAGCGUGGAGGGGCUUUACGAACCUUCAGUGGAGGCCAAGAACAUCAACUGUUGCAUCACCUUUUCGCUUGUGCCUGGGAAGAUCCAGAAGCAGCGGAGCACCGUCAUCAAGAGGAGCCGCAACCCCAUCUUCAACGAGGACUUCUUUUUCGUUGGCCUUUCCAGAGAGGACCUUUACAGCCUCUCAGUGAGGAUGAAAGCUGUGAAUAAAGGGUGCAACAUGAAAAGGGACCUCGUUUUGGGCGAGACCGAAGUGGGUUUAAUUAAUAUUUUAGCAGCAUAAAAAAUUCCUUGCAACUUGACAAAUUCUAUACAUUUUUUCUUAUGUUUUUUAAAUAAAUAAUAGUAUUUUUAUUGAAA